UGGACCCAGUGGUCGAGGGUCUCUGCUGUCAUGUUGAUCGAGGCGGUGUCUAUCAUCCCCGGACGUCACUCUGACCGACGUGUAUCCCCUGCUAGCGGUGUGGGUUUCGUUCCCGGAUGCUUGUUCCAAUCCUUAUUUCAGUCCUUAGUAUUCUAUUGAUGACUUUCCCCGUGGUUGCUGCUCUUCCUCGACUCCUGGCACUUGAGGACACUCGAUCUUUCCCUUCUGUAUUUCCCUUCUGUGUUCUUGUGCACAGUAGUGUAUCAUCCGUCUCAGAGUCAUGGGCUCGAGCUUGUACACCAUUUUCUGCAAGCAGCGCAGUCGUCGCCGGACCGCCGUCCAUCCCUAACGGCUGACGCACGUACUCGUCGAUUCUCUGGAGGUAGUUGGGCGGACCAGGGCAAACUCUCGACAUGGUCGGCCAAUGCGUGUUUCCACAGCCCGCUCGCCUGCAAGCACAAUUUGAAUGGAGUCGUCUUGGACUUGGGGCAAUCCUGUUCAGGUUCGCAAAAAGGCAACAAGGCAACCGCUAACACCGCACCAAUGCGCCCGCCUGGAAACGGACCGGACAGGCGAAUCAACGCUGCGCUGUUGAUCAAAUGGGGCCUCAGCCUGUGUCUCGAAGUGAAGAUAUUUAAAGGCCAGUGCCAGCCCGCGAGUGCUUUUGCAUUCUGUCUUCGUUAUGGCCCAUCUUCCUGUCUCCAAUGGGCGUACCGUUGUACACUUGUACCACUGUACCACUGUACCACACCGUCGCACAAAGAUGUGGUUUUUGGGGGCUUCUGAUGGGCUCGGCUAAGUUUUGCAAACCCUUCGAGAUUCGCCUACAGGGCCAACAACGUCUCAAAUCAAUGACGAGCCAUCUGUCCGAGCGAACAGCGGCAGAAAUAUACAGUACACUUGCAAAAGCCGGGCUGUUGCGGCUCUGCCGCUUUGCCGGAAAAAAUGGUUCUCGGGGGCCGUGUAUGGACCUGCACCUGUGGGUGGGUGGGUGUGUGUUUGCGUGUGUGCCCUUUGGCCCGCUCCCAGUCCCUUUCUGCCCUGGUCCUUUGUCCAGGUUGUUUGCUUUUGCUUACAGAAGCGCCUCAUGCGCCGCGGAGCCUAAGUCUCUCUUUGCCUCAGAGGGCACGCGAGGUCAUCAAGCAUGUUAAUUGGGCGAGUGGUUGUUGAUGCCGACAGCAAGGGGGCAUUCGACAACAACGUAGUCGGCAUGGGAGCGAUUAGCCGAUCAUCUUCACACCCCAUUUCUACCAUUCAGAAACCCUGGUGUCUGCGCAAAUGCCGGCAUCCAAGCCGUGUUAGCCUACAAAUGAGCGAAGCUCUGAUCAUUGGGGCUUAAGGGCGACAAGGGACUCCGAGUCAGUCAAUCGCUGGACCGGCACUUUCGAAGCCAGCUGAGGCGCUAAAAGAUGCCUCAUGGCUGCAACUUGGUGUUGUUUCGGCAUGAUUUACUUAAUCCCACGAGACCUCUGCAUACGCGACUGUCGCUCGUCGUUCAUUCGGCCAAGGGGCCUGCCUGGGUGAUGCUGCUUUCGUGGGGGAGGCACUCGUCGCUAGUGUUUCUGUUACGUUGCGUGGUAUUUGCUGACUUGUGGACAGUAACAUAUAAACUCUUGUUACAAGAGCCGGCCGCUGAUCACUCGCUCUGUGGAGGUCCGACCCUUUUUUCUCGCUUUCCUAGCUCAGCCCCUACUACCUAGCGCUCACGAUGAACCAGCAGAGCUUCUACGGAAACUCAAUCUUCGGGCAGCCAGCCCAGGUCUAUCCCCAAGCCCGCCCCUAUAGUCUGCCUUUUUUCUUCCGAAUCCAGGACAUUACUCACCGCCAGGAUCCUCACAGUCUUCCGGCAGGGACGGACGCGGGCUUUUAUUGGUCUCCUCCUAUGAAAAAGGACCAGUUUGUUCGCCUGCAUUCGCAUGCUUGGGCGGCUUGGGACCCUCAUCAGCAUACGUACAAUCCCAUGCAUGUUGUGCGCCCUAUCACGCCGGAGGAGAAUCACCGUCGCGUCAGCCACAGGACGUGCACGAUGUUCUGGGCCCCUGAUCGCCAUGGGUACUUGGUCGUUCCGGUGAAUUGCUUGGAGAUUGAUCUGGCGAGGAGCGAAUACCCUUGGAAGCGGCUGUCCUUUGGGCGAUGCAGUAGGUCGGCCAACCGUCACAUUGCGCUUGCCGGCCAUGACAUGGCGGUCUAUCAACUUCACGAGCCCGGACCCGAUCACUGGUUCGAAGAACUGCUGCCCGUCGUUUGCCAGCCGCCCAUUUCCGCCCCCAAAACUUGCACGCUGGCGGGGGAGCUCAAUGUCCUGGUGGCCCUCGUCGCCUUCUCCGCAAACCAAGCGAAUGAAGUGAAUGCGAUAAGACAUUCCUUCCGCCCCGACCCAUCGUCGACUCUGUUUUGCCCUAAUCGGUUGCCCAAGGCCCCGAAAAAUCUCAUCCGUGGCAUGAUCGUCGAUAUCGCCUUUGAUCCCCACCGUAUCACUCAAUCACACCUUAAGGACUGGGAAGACGGAUGCAUGGGCGAAAUCUUUCGUUAGCCAGGCGCUCGACACGACUACGACGACGACAACAGCUCCCCUGCAGGACUGGGGGCGCUAUUUUUCCAAUUUCCAUUGAAGAGCCCGUACGUUCCUCUUCCCCAUCAUCUUUUCUUGACUUGGGCUGUGAAGAUGCGGUCUCUCCAGUCUUCCAUACCCAGAGAGACAGCCCUUCCAUUGAAGCAAAGACGGCACGGAAUUGGUUUUGGAACCAGGAAUAUCAUUCCCUUUCGCUUAUGACUAUGCGGAAAUCCCAAAGGCAUAUAGUGAAUCUGUUAGGCUUGUCCUCAAUAUAGCAUGAACCAGACUCAUAUUUUUUUUUUCCAUGA